AUGAUGGAUAAAGAUAUCGAAAAGCCGAGAGUUUGUGUUGUUGAUGCAUCAGCUUAUGUUGGAUUUUGGAUACUCAAGAAACUACUCAUCAAAGGAUAUCGAGUUCAUGCAGCUAUCCAAAAGAACGGGGAGAAAGAGAUAAUCAAGAAAAUAACAGACUUACAGAAGACAGAGAAAGGAUUAACUACAUUUACAGUGGAUAUGUUGGAUUAUCAUAGCAUUCUUGAAGCAGUGAAGGGCUGUUGUGCUUUGUUUUGCUGUUUGGAUAGCCCAUUUCAAUAUGAUGAGAAAAUGGUGGAUAUGGAGGUUAGAGGCGCCAUUAAUGUGGUGGAGGCAUGUGCACAGACAGACAGUAUGGAGAAGAUUGUGUUUACUUCUUCUUUAACUGCAGCAGUAUGGAGACAAAAUAUAAAUUCAGAUCACCAAGACGACGUCGAUGAAAGGUCUUGGAGCGAUCAAGAUUUUUGCUGGAAAAUGAAGUUGUGGUAUGGUUUAGCAAAGACGCUUUCUGAGAAGGCUGCUUGGGCUUUAGCCAUGGACCGCUUGCUUGACAUGGUGUCAAUCAAUCCUGGUCUAGUUAUUGGCCCUGCUGUUGCUCAACAAAAUUCACAAGUGACAAUGUCAUAUCUUCAAGGUGGAGAACAGAUGUAUGUGAAUGGAGUUUUAGCUUUUGUUGAUGUAAAUUUUCUAGCCGAUGUUCAUAUUCGAGCUUUUGAAGAUAGAUCAACAAUUGGCAGAUAUUUCUGCUUCAAUCAAAUUGUGAACUCAGAUAAAGAAGCUCUAAAACUCGCGCAAUCCUUGACCCCUUUAAUUUCCAUACCAUCCAGCUAUAAUUUGGAAGAGAGUGAAGUACAUGCUGAGAGAUUGAGGAGCACAAAACUUGGCAAGUUGGUUGAAGGCGCUGCCUAUUAG